AUGGGUGACAAUCGCUGGGUGGAUAAGAGUUCACCGUGCUCGAGUGGUGGUAAUGCCUUGAUUGGUGUUAGUAUCGCUUUGUCGAUUGUGCAGAUUAUCUUCGUUGCGGCGCGAUUCCUUACGCGGUAUAUGCAGCGCAUUCGAUUUGGGCUGGAUGAUUAUAUGAUCCUUAUUGCCCUGAUUGGAAGUCUGACCAAGGCUGUUACCUAUAUUGUCUUGACCGAAGUAGCAGGUCUGGGCUACCACAUCGACGAAGUAACCCAUCCAAAUCACAAGAUUGCCAUGAUCAAAAAGGGAUUCUUCGCACUGGAACUUCUCGACUUUCCAUUCACCAUUACACCAGCCAAAAUCUCCUUACUACUCUUCUAUCUUCGUAUCUUCAAUGUACGAAAGUUCCAAAUCACCACGUACAUCGUCGGAUCGCUCGUCCUGGCAGUCGGCAUCACUGUAUUCUUUGGAACAAUCUUCCAAUGUACACCCGUCGAUUAUGGCUGGGACAAGAGCUCCGGCUCGGGAUCCUGUGUCGACCAAAUUACUUUUUACCGUGGUGUCUCUCCAGUCAAUGCCCUCACUGGUAUUAUGAUUCUUAUCAUGCCAUUGCCGCUGAUCUGGCAACUUCAUGCUCCGAGGGGACAGAAACUUGCUCUAACGGGGGUUUUCCUUUUGGGUGGUCUAGGGUCAAUUGCGAGUAUUUUCCGAAUGAUAAUCUACUUCCUAAACACAAAAGUCCAACUAAAAGACGUAACCUGGUUCUCAAUCAGACUGGGUAUCCUCACCGUCGUCGAAGGCGCGGUAAUUAUCAUCGCAACCUGCCUAGUCACCAUCUGGCCAUUAGUCUCUCGAAUCACCUCUCGACGCCUGAUGACGUGGCUCUCAUGCAGCUCGCCACGCAAACACCAGCAUCAAUGCUGGUAUCUCCGAACCAUCGAAGAGCCAUCAGAAGACAAAAGUCAGAUUCCGAUUGCAAGAUGUCGGGGGGUUAUGCAGAAUCAAAAGGAUGAGAGUUGGAGCAGUCUUCCCCCCUUCGAUGGUGGAUUUGGAAGAUCAGGGGUGGGGCGUUCCGGACUCGAGAUCUUCGCCGCGUUCGUGUGA